AUGUCAUCCUCUCCUUCUCCAUCUCCUUCCAACGCCUACGUCCUAGGCGUAGGUCUCACGGAAUAUAUCAAACCGCGCCGCCAGAGACCGUACCCAGAACUGGGCUUCGAAGCCGGCACCAAAGCCCUACUGGACGCACACCUCGGCUACGACGCCAUCCAGGUGGGCGUGGCAUGCUACUGCUACGGCGACACGUGCUGCGGCCAGCGCAUCUUCUACCAGUUCGGCAUGACGGGCAUCCCGAUCUACAACACCACCAACGCCUGCGCGACGGGCAGUACGGGCCUGCAGCUGGCGAGGACGCUGGUCCGGGGUGGUGCGGUGGAUGUCGUGCUGGUCGUCGGCUUCGAGACCAUGAUGCCCGGCAGUCUGAAGAGUAUGUGGCCCGAUCGGCCGAGUCCGAUGGGCCUGGCGAGUCGCAUGAUGAAUGAGACGAGGGGGAGGUUCGAGUCGCCGAGGAAUGCGCAGCUGUUUGCGAAUGCUGGGAGAGAAUAUAUGGAGAAGUAUGGUGCAGAAGCACGCGACUUUGCCGAGAUCGCGCGGAUCUCGCACGAACAUUCGUCACGCAACCCCUACGCGCAGUUCAAGAAAGUCUAUUCGCUCGAAGAGAUCGAGACCUCGCCCAUGAUCCACUUCCCGCUGACCAAGCUCCAAUGCAGCCCGACCUCCGACGGCGCCGGGGCCGCCGUGAUCGUGUCGCAGCGCUUCCUCGAUUCGCGACCUGACUUCAGAUCCCACGCGAUCCUGAUGGCCGGCCAGACACUAAUGACAGACUCGCCGGCACUGUAUGACGGGCAAAGCUCGAUGAACCUGGUCGGCUUCGACAUGACGCGCCGAGCGGCCCAAGCCGCGCUGGCCGAGGCUGGCGUCAAAUCGGCGCGAGACGUCAAAGUGUGCGAACUGCACGACUGUUUCUCCGCCAAUGAGCUCAUCACGCUGGAAGGGCUCGGGUUCUGCGAUCCGGGGAAAGCACAUCUCCUCGUGCGCCACGGGGAUAUCACUUACGGAGGGAACGGACCGGUCAUCAACCCUUCCGGUGGGCUUAUCUCUAAGGGCCAUCCGCUCGGCGCCACGGGCUUGGCGCAGUGUGCUGAAUUGACGUGGCAGCUGCGCGGGUGGGCCACCAAUGGCAGGCUCGUGAAGGACGUCGAUGUGGCAUUGCAGCAUAACCUGGGCCUGGGCGGUGCUGUUGUCGUCACGGUCUAUAAGCGCGCGGAUGGACGGAGGAACACUGAUGCUCCUGCCGCGUCGGAUGCGGAAAUCGGGAGUCUGUCCGGUCUAGGGUAUAAUCCGGCCACGGAGGCCAGGACUAUCACUCUCGAAGACGCCGAAAAGGUGAGGAGCAAGAACGCUCGUUGUGAUUAUGCCCUCGGCGAGACCGCGGAGAAGUUGCAAGCUGCUCCGCAGGCUAGAUUGUAG